AUGGUCAAGAAGAGAGCCUCCAACGGUCGCAACAAGAAGGGUCGUGGCCACGUCAAGCCCGUCCGCUGCUCCAACUGCUCGCGAUGCGUUCCUAAGGACAAGGCCGUCAAGAGAUUCACCAUCCGCAACAUGGUAGAGUCCGCCGCUAUCCGUACGUNNGAUAUCUCGGAUGCCUCCGUCUUCGCCGAGUACGCCGUCCCCAAGAUGUACCUGAAGCUCCAGUACUGCGUCUCGUGCGCCAUCCACGGCAAGAUCGUUCGGUAUGCCUCACCCUGGACAUACCACCCUACCCGGGCGCAAUCCACAACAACCCGCUCGACACACACACGGCAUACUAACACCGCACAGUNNGUCCGUUCCCGCGAGGGCCGUCGCAACCGUGCCCCUCCCNCGCGUGUUCGCUUCAACAAGGACGGCAAGAAGAUCAACCCUCAGCAGGCCGCCAAGGUCGCUGCUGGUGCCCAGGCAUAAAUGAUGAGUUUUUUCGGGAUUUGACAAGGCGUCUGUCUUCCGAUAUUA